AUGGGUUUGGGACCGGAGCAGUUGAGCUCGUCCCCAAAACCGCUCUAUGGAUUCACGGGUGAUGCAGUGACCCCUGUCGGUCGGAUUACUCUUCCCUUUACCAUCGGGGAUGCAAAUCGCCAGACCACCACUUUGGCGGAGUUCCUAAUUAUAGACUGCCCAUCGGCAUAUAACGUCGUGCUCGGGAGGCCGACAAUGAACGACCUGGAUCUGGUCACUUCAACCAGAUUGUUAACAGUCAAAUUCCCGACCCCCAAUGGAGUAGGGUGUGUACGAGAUAGGGCUAAUCACGAUCUGGAUCCCCGCGAGGUCGACUAUGACAAGCCCACUGGUCUGGUAGAAGAGCUCAAAGAUAUCUCAGUCAACAAGGCAAAAGGAGAAAAGAGCCUCAAGCUAGGAAAAAAUCUAGCCCCUGAGUUAAAAUCCCAACUUACCGAUUUCCUUAAAGCUAAGCUCGAUGUAUUUGCAUGGAAUCACGAGGAUAUGGUGGGAAUAGCCCUGGAGGUUAUGACGCAUAGGUUUAACGUAGAUCCCAGCUACAAGCCAGUGCACCAGAAGAGGAGGCCGAUGACCCCAGAGCGUUAUGCCGCCCUCAAAGAAGAAGUGGACAAGCUCUUGGCAAAUAAGUUCAUUAAAGAAGCCUACUACCCGGUCUGGGUGGCUAACCCGGUCCCGGUGAAAAAGAAGAAUGGGAAGAGGAGGACAUGCGUCAACUUUACCGAUCUGAAUAAGGCUUGCCCUAAGUGUAACACCCCGCCUUCUCAAAGGGCGUGUCACUAA